UUCUGGUUUGACCACACGUGUCUUAAUAGGAAUCUUGAACCGUUGAGUUAUCGUAUUCCGAUUAUAAAUAUUGAAAACGUUUUAAUAAAAAAGUGUCAACGUUACAACCAUGAAAACUUCAAUAUCUUUAUUUAUGUUAAUCUUUGGUUCGGCGCUGGGUGAUUUAGCUGGCGAAUGUGACUUGGCUGGCUAUUAUAUGGAGCUAGGCUGCACCGCGCUACCUAAAGCAGAUAACACAACGAUUUGUCCGGAAGCGUUUUUGUGUCCCGAUCUCCACCCAAAUCCUAACAUGUGCUAUUAUAGAGGAACACCGUACGCUGACAGGUCAAUGAUCCCUCAAAACCUGAUCAACAAUCCGUGUUCCCAAGCGUGCAGUUGCAGCGUUACCGCAGGGCCGCAGUUCGAUUGCGCUGCUGUAGACUGUGUCGAGACCUUCGAUUCUGAUAUGCAGCAAGAAUGCAUCAAUACUUACGAACUGGACUCUUGUUGCAGUACGGGUACUGUUUGCGGUAAAGAUGCAAUCGCUAGUUUGAAAACUUGCGAAGUUGACGGACAAACGUAUAAAGAAGGACAGCCGUUCGAGCCAGCCAACACUCGCAAGUCUUGUAUCUGCACGGCCCAGUGGAACGGCUCUUACGACGAUCCAUCCAGUUGUAGGGAUAUCAACUGCGGUUUGGAAAUACAUUACCAAGAUAAAAUUUUUGAAAACUGCGCACCCGUCUUCAUUGGUAACAUGAAGAGUUGCCCCAUUGCCUUCCAGUGUCCAAACGACACAUCGAAAGUCAUUCGCGGUCUUAAUCUCAAAAGUGUCAACGCACAGUGUUCCUUCGGGAACAUGACUCUCAGUGUGGGCGACGAAGUAACAGUCGACGAGAAAUGUACCAAGUGUUCCUGUGACAAGCCGCCGUUCGUUUCUUGUGUGAGGAAGAAUUCGUGUGACGAAUAACUUCUGCCUAAUAAAUGACUGAUAUUUAAAAACAUUCCAUAUAAAUCAAUAUUGUCCUUUUUUUAAAUAUAUAUUAGAAUGCUCUGUAAAUAAAUACAAUUGA